CGGCAAUCUUCCCCAGGGCUCGAGGGUUCACUGCAUCGCAGAUAGACGAGUAGAUGCGCGCCUUCAGGAACCAUGGCGGUCUGCGCAGGGCAGAUCAUGCGCUCACGACAAUAGUAAGGCGCUUGCCCCGGCGUGCAGCAGUCACCGCCUCCCUGCCGUUGUCUUAUCCCUCCCGCAACUUGCUACAUACUCGGGCAGGCCCCACGGCCAUUUGCUACCCCACCAACACUCGCAUCACAAACACAACCCCGCGACGGACCACCCAGCCCACUCGCCUCACUCCACUCACCUCCGUCAGACACUGCUCCCACCGCCGCAACAUGUGCAGACACGCUGGCGCAGACGCUCACUCCCAUGUGGACGUCACCAAGUCCCGCGAGGUGCUGCCCGCCAAUGUCAAGCCGCUCCACUACGACCUGACCCUGGAGCCCGACUUCGAAAAGUUCACAUACUGGGGCUCCGUGACCAUAGAUCUAGACGUUGCCGAAGACAGCACUUCGAUCUCGGUCAACACCAACGAGCUAAAGAUCCACUCGACGAAGAUCACCGCCGGAGACGAGGUCGUCUCCAGCAAUCCGAAGCUCACACACGAUGAGGAGAAGCAGAGGACGCAGGUUCACUUCGACCAGACACUGCCUGGUGGCAGCAAGGCGAAGCUCACCAUGACCUUCACUGGUACACUCAACGACGACAUGGCAGGUUUCUACCGCUCGUCUUCAAAGGCAGCAGAUGGUUCAGACACAUGGCUGGCUACAACACAGAUGGAGCCCACCGAUGCGAGGCGGGCCUUCCCCUGCUUCGACGAGCCGGCACUGAAGGCCAAGUUUACAGUUACACUGGUUGCAGAUGACAAGAUGACUUGCCUGAGCAACAUGGACGUAGCGUCAGAGAAGCAGGUCGACUCGAAGAUCAUCAGCGGAAGGAGGAAGGCUGUCACAUUCCACCCUACGCCGCUCAUGUCCACAUACCUCCUGGCGUUCAUCGUUGGAGAGCUGAACUAUAUCGAGACCAACGAAUUCCGUCUUCCCAUCAGGGUCUACGCCCCCAAGGGAAAUGACAUCGAGCACGGCAGAUUCUCGCUAGAUCUCGCUGCAAAGACGCUGAAGUUCUACGAGGAGACUUUCGACAGCGAGUUUCCUCUCCCCAAGAUGGACAUGGUUGCCAUUCCUGACUUCAGUGCUGGUGCCAUGGAGAAUUGGGGCUUGAUUACGUACCGCGUGGUCGACGUGCUCAUUGACGAGAAGAAUGCUAGUGCUACUACUAAGCAGCGAGUUGCUGAGACUGUACAGCACGAGCUUGCUCACCAGUGGUUCGGCAACCUCGUCACCAUGGACUUCUGGGAGGGUCUGUGGCUCAACGAGGGUUUCGCAACUUGGAUGUCCUGGUACUCGUGCAACGUAUUUUACCCUGACUGGAAGGUUUGGGAGGGCUACGUUACAGACACUCUUGCUGGCGCGCUCUCCCUCGACGCGCUGCGCAGCAGUCACCCUAUUGAGGUGCCGAUCAAGAGGGCGGACGAGAUCAACCAGAUUUUCGACGCAAUUUCGUACUCGAAGGGUUCCAGUAUUAUUCGCAUGAUUUCGAAGUAUCUCGGCGAGGAUGUCUUCAUGGAGGGUAUUCGCAGAUAUCUGAAGAAGCACGCUUACGGCAACACUCAGACCGGUGACCUCUGGGCCGCUCUCUCAGAUGCCAGUGGUAAGGACGUCGAGAAGGUCAUGGACAUCUGGACCAAGAAAGUCGGCUUCCCUGUGGUCAGCGUUACUGAAAACGCCGAUUCCAUCCACCUGAAGCAGAAUCGUUACCUUCGCACAGGUGACGUCAAGCCUGAGGAGGACGAGACCCUGUACCCUAUCUUCCUUGCCCUGCGAACAAAGGAAGGUGUCAACGAAGAUGUCACACUGUUCGAGCGCGAGACGAACCUCAAGCUCAAGGACACUGACUUCUUCAAGCUCAAUGCUGAUCACUCCGGAUUCUAUCGUACUUCGUACACCCCCGAGCGAUUGGAGAAGCUGGGCGUUGCUGCUAAGCAGGGACUCCUCUCAGUCGAAGACCGCGCUGGUAUGAUCGCCGAUGCAGGUUCUCUUGCUGCCUCUGGCUACCAGAAGACAUCCGGCAUCUUGUCUCUGCUUGACAGCUUCAAGCAGGAGCCUGAGUUCGUUGUCUGGUCUGAGAUCAUCACUCGGAUUGCUACACUGCGUGGCGCAUGGAUGUUCGAGGACCAGGAGGUCAAGGACGCUCUCAAAGCAUUUCAACGCGACCUGUGCAGCACCAAGGCACACGAGUUGGGCUGGACCUUCACCGAGAAUGACGGUCACAUUGAGCAGCAGUUCAAGGCGAUGAUGUUCGGAGCAACAGGUACGGGUGACGAAGUCGUCGAGAAGGCAGCUUUCGACAUGUUCGAGAAGUUCAAGGCCGGCGACAAGAAGGCUCUUCACCCUAACCUACGAGGCAGCGUCUACGCCAUUGUCUUGGAUAAGGGUGGCAAGGCGGAGUACGACAUCGUCGAGAACGAGGCUAUCAACGCCGAGACGAGCACCGAGCGCAACACCGCGCUGCGUGCCCUUGGUCGCGCCAAGUCCCCUGAACUAAUCCAGCGCACACUUGCUCUCUGCAUGAGCAAGGACGUCAAGACUCAGGACAUCUACCUGCCGUUGUCUGGUCUUCGUGGUCAUGCCGAGGGAUGUAAUGCCCUCUGGAAGUUUACCAAGGAUAACUGGGAUGAGCUUGUCAGGAGGCUGCCCAUCAGUCUGCCACUGCUGAGCUCCGUCGUCGCCAUGGCCACAUCAAGCUUCACACACCGCGACCACAUCGAUGACAUCAAGGCCUUCUUCAAGGACAAGGAGACCAAGGGCUUCGAUAUGUCGCUUUCCCAGGCUCUCGACAGUGUUAGCGCAAAGGCUGCUUGGUUGGAGCGUGACUCUGAAGAUGUCAAGGCCUGGCUCAAGGAGCACAAGUACUUGUAAGUGCCGGAGUACAGCAGCUGCUACCUAUGAACUUAGUGCCUUAUACAAAGUUGCACUGACGUACGCAAUUGUAUAAUACCAAUAUCAUAAUAGACACAUCACUCACAUGCAUUC